AUGCGACCAUCUAUGUUGCCCAAGUUGAUCGUCGCUCAAACGCCUACAGCCGCAACGAUCGGCGAAAUGACAGACUCUCCCUACUCAACUAUCUCAAUGCACUCUCGCAACUCAUCUGGCGCAUCUGACAACUACUCACCACUGACACAAACUUUCUCAUUCCAUGAACACACGCACAAUUCAAGUUCCAGCUCCUCAUCCUUGGGCACGACUCCUCCCAAAUAUGAACCAAGCAUCGAAUCACUCAACAACCGCAUUUCCAGGACAACUCUGCAUGAUCUGGUGGAGGAUCCUCACGAGAGAGAAGACGAGUUCGACCUCUGUGAUGAUGCAUUCGAGGUCAACUGCCAAUGUGGUCUCGAGAAGUCCCGUUCUAACACUGAUAUGUACUAUCUGAGCGAAGCCGAGAUGGACCCUCGCCUCUACCAAUCUGCAUCCGCGUUAGAGCGCCCCAGUCUGGAUUACUCUCUGGCAGACGGACCGAGCGAAUUCAGCAGCGAUAAUGAAGCUCCUCUGAAGGUGUUCAAAUCGAGGUCCAGGCAGAAUUCUGGGGACUCCCCCGUCACUGGUCUGGCAUCCCGUAUGGGCAGUCGUUUAUCAUCUUUUUCGUCGAAACGCCGUGACAGGACUCCUACCUCUCCUCCGACUACUGCUGUGCAUCGUCUUAGCACGAAGAGCGCUCCCGUGUCUCGUGUGCCGUCACGUGCUCCAUCCUUUCACAUGUCUUCGGUCGCGAAGCCCGUUCUCACUCCUCUUGACGUUGAGGCGGAGACCACUCCGACACCAACCCCUACACAGAUUGCCAUCGAGACAUCAAAUCCUCUGGACAUUUGCGCGCCCCGUCCGGACGAGCCUAUUGAUCGCAAAGCUCUGGCUUCUACACCUCUCCUGCCCGUUCCAAUCCAGGAACCUGAACAGAGCGAUGAAGAUGUCAUUCAGUCACCACUUCAGUGCCCCACCGUGGUUGACAACGCUCAGCUCGCUCGCCUGUCUAUGAUCGGCCCCUCGUUGUCGAGUCCAGUCUUGCCGGAGAUGUCGAUGGUUUUACCUGCUCUCUCUGCACAUGCUUCCACUACUUCGCUUGGUGCCAUGCACUCCAGCCAAGUCAUGUCCACUCCAGAUAUAUCUUCCAUGCACAUAGUCAGUCCUCAAGACAAGUGGGCAAAUAAGCUUGGACAUGCCAACUUCAGCGUCUUCCCUGAACCGUAUCUGCCAGCAACCUACAACAUUCAUGCUUGCAGAAAACUUUUCGAGGACUGGGAAUCGGCUCGCAGACAAUUUAUGCAUCAAGCAGCACGAACCAGUGAGCACUAUGGACCCACUUCGCAGGUGUAUAAGUACACUGAGAAGAAAUGGGCAGAGAUCGACGCAGAAUGGAAGCGAAACCACGAGUUGGUGGUUGCCAAAACAGCUGCGAACGGGGAAACACCUGUCUUCCAGCCUCUUGCAGAACCAGCGCCUCUGACUGAUCUGCCUGCCUUGGACGACCCCCUCAAGUUUCCAAGACUUGAUGGAUCUGACAUUGUCGGACCUAUGGUCAAGUACGCAAAAAUCAAGCAAAAGUCCUCCUCGAAGAAGUCUGCCUUUCUCAAAUUCUUCAACAACGUACGAACACCAAGCAACACACUCGGUCGCACACCAACCGGCCUCAGCGUGUGA